UGAUGUAACAUAAUCCCUGUGACGGUAGGGAAAACAUUGACUUCUUUAUCUGGGAGGCUGAAAGCAGUAUGAGGAAAUGAUUCUGUCUUGCGAAGUGUCCAGAAUUCCUGUCCCUUCAUGAAGACAAAAAAAUCUCAAAGAACUGGGGAGCUUGUAAGGCCAUUGUCCGAGGAAGCAAAAUUGGAAUUGAUGGCUCUCUGAAUUGGCUUUUGGAUGAAUUUGAGAAUGUUUCCGUAACGCGUUCCAACUCCCUGCGGCGAGGAAGUCCACCAUCUCUACUCUGUCAAGAACCCACACAAGAUGGAAUGCACAAGAAUGGAGUGCACGAGACCCCACCCAAGGGCACCUACCCCGCUGAACUAGACAGGCAUCAUGAACACAAGGGGCGAAGUGAGAGGGGCAAGCCAGGAUCCCGGGAUGAGCGCGACCAAGGCAGGGACGAUAGGCAAAAGAACCGGAAUGCAGAGCGGGCAGACAGCCGGGCUCACCCACAGCAGCCCAGGGGGCAGGAGCCAAGCAGGACUGGGGGGAGCAGGCCCAACCAUCAUAACAGCAGGGAGGCCCGCCCUGAUCACCACAAGCAUCCUGACAGCAAGAGCAAACCACACGACAAGGCAGAUGGCAGGAGAGACCAACCGGGCGAUCGGGAAGGAAACCAUGUCGGUUUCAGCGAGCCUACAAACUCUCAGGAACGCACGUCGAAGCGAGAGAAAAACGAAAGCUCCGACAAGAGGCCGAAAUCUAAGUACACAGGCAAGAACAGCCCGCAGUCUCCAAGGGACAAGCGACCCCUUUCUGGCCCAAACAUCCGUCCGUCAAAUGCUCCUGGUGGAGAUGGAGCGAUGAAGACUGUGCACCAGACAGGAAGACCUUUCAACACUUACCCAAUGGCUGAGACAGGAGCAGGCAGAGGCACCAGCAGUCAGGUUGAUCAUCGAGUGGGAAUGCCUCAUGAUGUCCGACACAAUGGGCCCAACCCGGCUUUGGGUCACACGAGUAAAGCACAGCACGGUCAAUAUAGGCCGGGCCAUUCUGAGCCGCCACACCAGGGCUUGGUUCCUCAUUCCUCUGACACACACUUGCCACGUGUGGCGCAGCCGAACUCUCAGGCUCCGUACCCAGCACAGCCCCAGGGACUCGAGUCAAGGUCGCCCCAGCGUGAGCCACAGCGGGUGUCCCACCAGCAGUUCAAGGCAGCUCUCCAGAUGGUGGUGGACCCUGGCGACCCAAGAACAUACCUGGAAAAUUUUAUUAAAAUUGGCGAAGGGUCAACAGGGAUUGUCUGCAUUGCCACUGUGAAGAGCACAGGACAGCUGGUCGCUGUGAAGAAAAUGGACUUGCGGAAACAGCAGAGGCGAGAGCUGCUGUUCAAUGAGGUUGUUAUAAUGCGAGACUACCAUCAUGAAAAUGUGGUGGAAAUGUACAAUAGUUACCUGGUGGAUGACGAGCUGUGGGUGGUGAUGGAAUUCCUGGAAGGAGGGGCACUAACUGACAUUGUAACACAUACCAGGAUGAAUGAGGAGCAGAUAGCAACUGUUUGCCUGUCUGUUUUGAAGGGGUUGGCUGUUCUACAUGCGCAGGGUGUUAUUCACAGAGACAUUAAGAGUGACUCCAUUCUUUUAACGCACGAUGGAAGGGUGAAGCUUUCAGACUUUGGAUUCUGUGCCCAGGUAUCAAAAGAUGUACCAAGGCGCAAGUCACUGGUGGGCACUCCUUACUGGAUGGCACCUGAGUUAAUCUCUCGGUUGCCAUAUGGACCAGAGGUGGAUAUCUGGUCUUUGGGUAUCAUGGUAAUUGAGAUGGUUGAUGGGGAACCUCCAUAUUUCAAUGAACCUCCUCUGAAAGCCAUGAAAAUGAUACGGGACAAUCUUCCACCCAAACUAAAGAAUGGCCAAAAGGUUUCUCCCUUGCUAAAAGGCUUUUUGGACCGGCUGUUGGUACGAGACCCCACCCAGAGGGCGGUGGCUUCCGAAUUACUGAAACACCCCUUCCUGAGCAAGGCUGGGCUUCCGUCCUGCAUCGUACUACUGAUGAGAGCCAAUCGGAUGAAGUGAGCAGAGUUUGCAAGUUGCUGAUCGCAGCAUCGGGAGAAAAACAGAAUAUGAUUUAAAACUUUGAAAAGUAUAUCUCAUAAAUAAAUCAUUUGGCAUUUACGUGAACAGGGUAAUUUCCUGUCUGAUUAGUGGGCCUGAGAGAUAUUGCUUUCUACCCCUGGCGAAUUGUUGACUCAACAACCACCUAUUUCAACUGGAUCUUCUGACUCUGAACUUUGACACUACUGUUUUCAAGGGGGUUAGAACCACAAAGGAAUAUGAAUACUACUGAACUCGAAGACGUUUUCACUUGAUUUGUAAAAUGUAACUUAAAGAGACUGCUAAAGAGUUGAUUUAAUGUCGCUUGUACACCGAACAACUGAGGAUCUACACUGGAAUCGAUUACUUCCUCCAGAUCAUGAGCUGAUUUUAAACACUGUUAGAUAUAGUGGCUUUACCAGUAUGGAGCAUGCAUCCAGGAUUCAAUGUGUGUUGGGGGGGAAGGGUAAGGGAGGGAGGGAGGGACACUACCUGUGAAAUGAUCUUCUGACCUUCAUCUUGGCAAAGAAUGCUGGCAUAUUGUCAGGGCGAGAGUGAUAUGUAUGCUCAGUGCCUUUUCCACAUCCCGUUGGAGUUGGAGACAAGUUGUGCAUGUUUAUUUUACUGUUCAGUCAGUUUAAGGGGAAAGAAAAUGGGGGAUGUGUGCAUAGUCAUAGUUGAUAAUGCAGACUUCUGGAAUUGCAGUCUCUCCUAACACCCUGGGAUCACAUCAGGCAAGAUAAAUGUGGGCAAUAGAAUGCACAAAGUAGUGGACACUGUGUAUGUCACAAAGCAUUAAGCAUCCUCAUUUCGAAAAGGAGGACACUGACUAGACACUGUGAAUUGGGGCAAAUUAGGUGACACCUAUCUGUGGGUGGUACCUGUCCACCAGGGACAGAUGCACCUUGCGGAAGCCCCCCAUGUGAAUAUUGUGAUGCUGCAAUUUCCUGCCUCUUGGUUCAGAUCAUUUGUUCCUUUGGCAUUGUUUCAUCUCAAACAGGAAAAAGAAGUUGUAAAACGUUAAAAGACCAGUUUUCCUCAGAAUAAUCUUGCCAAGUAUAAGGAGUUACUAAUGCACUUUUUGUAAGCAGGUCAGAAGAAUUAGCUGAAAGAAUCUAUAUCCAUUUAGUCCGGUUUACUUUGCAUACUAAUGUGUUUAUAGCAAUGAUGGGGUGUGUCUAAAAACUCAAAAGGCUGCUUGUUCAGAGAGUGGGGGAUGGCCACACAAAGUGUAACUUUGGAGGUUGUUCAUCAAGGAAUUCCUAUGAGCUUUAUAUUAUAGCUACAUACAAUGAUGCCAAUUCUCCUUCCAGCCAGAACUGCAGUUAACCUGUAACCUUCACACCAGCAGUGCUUGAGUAAAAGGUUAAUGUAAGGUUCUUGAUGCCCCUUUUGAGAGCACCUUUUAUAUUUGGCCUCCUCUUCAGUGGAAGGCUGAGCAGUCCUUGGCAGGUGUGACGUCUCCUCAGAUCAGUCUGUUCUAAUUCAGUUAUCCCUCCAUGCAAGGGAACAGCCCAGUGGCCAGAAUUCACCAUUCAACACUGACAACCCCCAUUUCCAGCAUUAGGGGCUUGGGAGAAACCAGACCAAAAUUCCCAGAGACUUGUAGUCCAACAAGGGCAGGCCCUUUCACAUCCUGGCAUUAGAGAUUUACACUAACCUAACUGGCCUGAAAGGACAGGCGAGUGCAUGGACAAUUGGUUUGAAAAUGUGAGAUUAAUCCAUGCCCUUAUAGAAGUCUCAACUAAAGUGGAAAGGUUUCCCCAAAUUCAGUUUCCCAGCAGCUCAUUGCAGGAAGUGUCCUGGAGAAGUUGUGUUUGAGCCCAUGUCUGGAAUGCAGCUUCAUUAUCAGUAUGGAUGGAUGAAGUGACUACUGAAUGGCUUUGCCUGGUUUUGUUUAAGGAUAUUUAUAUUGUAAUUUUUUGUAACACGAUACAGUAUUUUUUUUGAGAAUGCAGCAACUUAUUUUCUUGAGUAGCUACUUUACAACAAGAUUUACUGUUUAAAGAGUGUUUUUCAAAACUGUGUCAAGAGGGUGAACUUAAGGUUUUUACAUUUUCUAAUUACAGAUUAGAAAAUACUUUUA